CAUUGGAAACAGCGCCAUCCAAAUUAAUGAAAACCAAAUUGAAGUUCUUACUCAUACACAAAUAUUUCUUAUGUUUUGUGUGGUACAGUAUUUUGUGAUAAGUGAAUAACUAACUAGUGCGAUCAUUUGACUUCCAUUGAGUAUAUAAAAUGCAAGAAGUGUGUAGCACAUUGGAUCCCCAAAAGGGCGCACAAAUCAAAUCAGAAUCGCCGCUAAAUGCACUGCAGGUGUCAACAGGGCAAACGAUAGUGCCGGUGGUGCCUGUAGCACCAGUGGUGUCAGUAUCAGCGCCAGCGCAAAUGCCUCAUGUGCCACAGCCGCCACCUCCACCACCCACGGCUAUGCUUGUCAGCAAAAUGGGACCGACAAACUGUGAUAAACGUGCGGCUGUCGCUGAUACCGGAUACUGGAUGGCCGCCUCUGAGGGAGGUUUCAUCAACUCUCAACCGUCCAUGGCUGAAUUUCUCAAUCAUCUGAGCCCAGAAAGUCCAAAGAUGGGAACACCUGUGGGUGGUGGCGGAUAUCCGGUUGGUGUUGGAAUUGGAGUGCAACAGACUACGGAUGGUAUGGAUUCGGUGCCAGAAUACCCCUGGAUGAAAGAAAAGAAGACGUCGCGGAAAAGUCAAAAUAAUAACAAUCAAGCUGAAUUCGUUCCAGAAAAUGGGCUACCCCGACGUCUGCGUACUGCCUAUACCAACACACAGUUAUUGGAACUCGAAAAAGAGUUUCACUUCAAUAAGUAUUUGUGUAGACCCCGACGAAUCGAAAUUGCAGCGAGUUUAGAUCUGACCGAGCGACAGGUCAAGGUAUGGUUUCAAAAUCGACGAAUGAAGCAUAAACGCCAAACUCUAUCCAAGACCGACGAUGAAGACAACAAAGACAGUCUAAAAGGUGAUGAUGAUCAGUGUGAUAGUAACUCAAAUUCAAAGAAAUCAUGUCAGGGCUGUGAAUUGCCAUCGGAUGAUAUACCAGAUUCCACCUCAAACUCGCGAGGACAUAAUAACAACACCCCAAGUGCGACUAACAACAAUACGAACGGAGGAAGUUUGACUCCUAGCUCGACCCUGGAAUCGGGUAUUUCGUCAAAUCUCUUAGGUAGUUCAACUGUCUCUGCCUCUAACUUGAUCAGUGCCGAUUCAAGUGUGGCUUCCAGUGUUAGUUAUGAAGAGGACCCGGACGAAAGCCCAAUUAAAGUAAAGAAAAAAGAUGAUGGUCAAAUUGUCAAAAAGGAGGCAGUUUCCACAUCCACCAAAGCAUCACCCUUCUCUUAUGAUUCACCGACAGCGAUCAGUAACGCAAAUGCCGGAAACAACAGCACUGUUGGUAACGCAGUAGUCAUGUCGACUGGUGGCGCUGGAUUCCGUCGGAACUCGGAAAACGCGCCGCAUAACAGUCAAACGACGCCGAGUUCGAAUAGUGGUGCUAGUAGCGAAGGCGCACCGCGGAGGAAACGAUUUCAAAAUGCCAACCAUGCAAAUGCGUCAAAUGUCAACGAGUCCAGCGGUCGAGCUGGUAUGGCAGCGUAUUUUCAUGGAGGGUAUUAUCCGAAGCACAACAUACAGCCAGAUCAGCGGGCCCACCUUCACCAUCAACAACAGCAACAUCCACUGCCGCAAUCUCAGUCGCAUGCGUCGCCACAUAGCUACUACGGUAAAUACGACAUUGAAUUUGCCGCAACUGGGUCUCCACAGCAUGGGUCACCUUUGUCAUUGCCUAUGCCACCACAACAAAAGCUGCAGCAAAGGCAUCCGAACCCACUUCAACAUCAACAGCACCAGCCGAAUGGUGAAUAUGAAAGUCCCAAACCUGAUUUCAUUAGCAAACUUUCGCCGGAUAUACACAGUGCUAAGCUUCACCACGAGUUCCAAACAGCCAAGUCAACGCCUAAUAACGCAUUUCACCCUUUACAAUCUCACCAGCAGCCGCACCCAACACAACAUCCACAACCUUUCUAUACACACGGUUGCGAACCCACGCCGCCUGGUGUCGCUGGACAGUACAUUAAUUAUAAUCACCAUGCGGUGGAUAAUGGUAGCGGCUACACCCUGCAUCCACACCACCACAGCGGCGAAUUCGAGGCAACUGCUUUGAAUGCAAACAGCAGCUACUACGAACCCAAGACACACACUGCUGGUUAUUAUGACCACUUGAGCUUCCAACAACAGCAUCCGCAACAAAUUCACCCCGAUUUUCACCAACAUCAACAAGCUCACGAAACUCAACAACUCCAAAAUCAACAACAUCCGCAAAUAGGUCGCAUAGAUGCUGAAUACCUGGUGGAUGGUGCAGCGCACAUGAAGAUUGGAGUAACAACAGCGUCAGGAACUGCAGCGCCAGAUGUGUAUAUACCACCAAAUGCCAGCGCUCUAGGCGUACAGAUGGAAAACUGCGAUGGCAGCUAUGGGAAUUUCGGCAACUAUUACGAUAAUGGCCAACCGCAUUUGCAGUCACAACCGACUAUGCCACCGCAACACCCCCCAGUACACCACCACCCGCACUCGCACCCACAUCACCAGCCACCAGGCCAACAUAUGAACACUGGCAGCAACAACUUUGCAUUAAGUAGUGGUUCCCCAGGGAAUGUUCCAACUUAUCCGAUGGCGGCUAAUGGUGGACCUGUUGUUGCAACUGGUGGGAGUCUCACCGGAAUGGAGAAUUCGAACAGCUCAUCCGACUUUAACUUCCUCAGUAAUCUGGCAAACGAUUUUGCGCCAGAAUACUAUCAGUUAAGUUAGUUCAUGUAAAGCGGCCGAGAAGCAAUUCUAUAGCGGACCACGCUGCGCUUACCUACGUUUCCACUAUCGCUCAUUUGCUAGAAGACUGACACAACUCAAAAAAAGAGAUAUUUGAGCUAAUUGUACGUUUUAUGUAGUGUAGUUUCUGUCAGUACUUUGAGUGAGAUUGAAAAUUUUUAAGGCGGCUUGUGAAAAAUAGCGUGAUUUGCAUUCUGGCAGACUUUUAGUAAAUAAGCGAUGUGUUUUUUCGCAUUUACUCAACGUAUAUACAUACAUUUACAAUUGAUUACUGACGCACAGGUCCGCUAAGAGAAUCCGGGCCCGGUACUAAACAUGCGCCGGGCCCAAAAUGUAUUAUAUCCAUGUUUAGAAAAUAUUAAUUACAUUAUUUUAUAUCGCGAAAUCGGUAAAUCUUAAAACAACGACAAAUAUUUUUACGAAAUACUUGAUAAAGACGAAACAAUAACAACUAAAAAGUUUAAAUUAAAGUGUAUGCCAUUACGGGACUUGAUUUGGAAGAAUAGGUACGAAUCGCGAUAAAAUUUAAGCUUUAUAUUUGUAUCUGAAUUUCAAUGUUCAAAUUGUUGAUGUUUCGCGGUUUAUGCGGCAAUUGUUCAAAUACCAUUUUCGUCUUAUUUUUACGGUAUAUUCUUUUAAAUGAAUAAAAAUUCUUGGGAUUUAAAUAAACUAGGACUGAGUAUUUUUUGUUAAAGUAAAACGAUGUUAACUUAAACUUAAUUUUAAAAAUUUAUUUAGCCGCGGUUAUCCGAUCAAAUUUGUAUCUCGGUUUAGAAGGUAGAAACUCCGAUUCAAUACAGCGACUGCUUCAUAGAUCACAGUGAACAACCGGCCCUUAGACUUUAAACAAGAUAAGUUUAGCUGCUUGAAGGUGGUAGUUUUGGAGAAAAGUUUGUGUUUUCACUUCCAGGAGAUAGAUACCCUAACUCAUUACCUUCGUAAUGAUACAUACCUCUUUUUUGUAAUUACAUGAAGAAAUAUGUAAUGAACUUAAAGCAAUUUUGUUGACCCAACAUCACUUUUUUGUCGAUAUUUGCUACGACCAUGAUUUAAAAAAAUUAUAUGUAAAUCAGUUUUAUAUAGUAUAUGAAAUUCGCUGUGUGCAAAGUUUGAACCUAAUCGUGUUUAAACGCAGAAUCUUGUUACGUUUAAUCCAACCCUAAGUAAUCGGAACCACGCUCAUUUCCCAAAAACUUUAUAAGCAUAUAAUUCUUUGCUAUAACGCCACUUCAAAUAUAAAUUUUGGGAAUUUUAGCUUUUUUUAGUUAGUCAAAUAUCUCAGGUUUCGCAUUUUGGAAAAUUACUGCUAUAUGAGAGGUUAGGGAUGAAACGAUACCAUACAGGUAUCGAUACUUUUACUUGGAAGUAGUAUCUUAAGAAAGUAUCGACACAUCCGAAAAAUAUCGGAUCCAAAGUAUCAAUACGUACUCGUAUCGGUACUUUUAGCUAUGAAGGUAUUCCGUAUAAACUGGAUUCAAUUAAAUUGUUUUAAGUAAUAAAUUAAUCAUCCUCGGCGAAUUCUAAAAUCCGAAUAAUGUAGGAACUGAAAAUAAAUACAACAACAUAACACAGCAAAACUAUAUGCUUAAUGAUGAAUGGUAUUUAAAAGCUUAAACAGACGGCUGCGUUGAGCCGGACUAACUCGGACUUAAUCCGAAUCAACUGCAGUUAAUUCCCGAGUUGAUCCGGAUCAACGCUGCCGUCUCUUUAUGCUUUAACAGAGAUAAUACCUUGACCCUUUAACCUUAGAACCGUGAGUUGAGCACUCGUGUCCAUAUUCAUGUUUAAUGUUGAAUUUCGGGGGUUUGGGAAGUCCGAUUUGAUUUUUAUCAUAGGCAGAUAUGUUGUACCUUGGGUUGUAAGUUGACAAAAUAUCUGUUAUUGUAAAAAAGUAACGGAUUUUUUAUGGUGAGUUCAUAGGAAGCUUA